AUGACUGCUGCACACUUCUUGGGUCAGCAAUUGGUUCUUAUGCCUCUUAAACCCAUCUCUAGUUUGAAUAUCACAGGGUUUGGAAGGAUUUUGGAGGACUUGGACAGUUUAGCUGUGCUCAUCUGUUACUCUCACACAUGGAAUAAGGAGCUGAAAAGAUCUCCACUGUCUAUUGUCACCGCCCUAGUGGACAAAAUCGACAUGAGAAAAAACAUCAUCUACCCUGACUGUGACAUCAAGUUCACAGGUCAUGUGACGUGGGUUGGCAAAACCUCAAUAGAAGCUAAAAUGCACAUGUCUCAGUAUCAUGAUGGGGCGUACACUGAUGUAUUAGAUGCCACUUUUGUAAUGGUGGCUCGAGAUCCUGAAAACAAAAGGGCAGCUUUUAUAAACCCACUAAAACUAGAGAGUCCAGAGGAAGAUGCAAUUUUUCAGCAAGGAGAGAUUAACAAGACGAGGCGUGUGGAGCUGAGCACAGCAUCUCUUCUGAAAGUGGCUCCUACAGCUGAGGAGAGGACUCUCAUUCACAACCUGUUCCUCAACACUCUAGACACACGAACUGUCAGCUUUCGGAGUCGUAUUUUACCACCCAACUCCGUGUGGAUGGAAGAUGCCAAAAUGAAAGGGCUUGAGAUUUGCCAUCCACAAGAAAGAAAUAUCUUCAACCGGAUAUUUGGUGGAUUUUUGAUGAGAAAGGCCUAUGAACUUGGUUGGGCGAAUGCUUGUGCAUUUGCUGGAUGCAGACCAACGCUGGUGGCUGUAGAUGACAUUGUAUUUCGAAAGCCAGUAGAAAUUGGCUCUUUGCUAUUGCUGUCCUCACAGGUUUGUUACACUGAAGGGAUGCACAUCCAGGUCAGGGUUCACACAGAGGUGCUUGACCCAUUGACCCGGCAACACAGCACCACAAAUGUGUUUCACUUUACUUUUCGUGUUGAGAAGGAUAUCCCAGCUAUUGUUCCACAGAGCUAUGGAGAGUCUAUGCUUUACCUGGAUGGAAAGAGGCACUUUGAUGAGACCAUGAGGAGCCAAGGUUGAGCAUCUGGGAUGUGCUGAUAGGAUGAGAUUCCUGCCAAAGCUGCGAUGAUGGUCACCGCUGUAGUUACAUGAGAGUGUAUGUGUGGAUUCGACUAUUAUUUUUUUUUAGUUCCGUUCAUUUUAUAUUCACAAUAUAUUUUAUUGUUCACUGCAUUUUAUAUAAAUCUAAAAUAUGAUUUUUUCACAAUUGUAAACUUACAGUGGGAGAGGAGCAUUUAGUGAAAUGGUUUUGCAGCUUGAUUGUGGCAAUUUUAAACCUAUUUAGUCAUUAAUGUGCCCCUAUUAUGCCAUUUUUACGGUUCCUAAUAUUGUUUUGGGAGUCUCCUACAAUA